AUGCCGCAGGCUGUGGCUCCCCGGCGCAAGGGCAUUGCACUGGACUUCAGCCUCACAGAGACCCCGGCGCCGGUGUACCUGGACACGAGGAGAAAUGCAAGCCGCGAACACAGAGCGGCAAUCAAGGAUUACAACAACAUGCUCAUCAAUGAGGUCCGUGCGAAGAACGACAUGCAUCCAAGGCACUGGACCGGCAAUGGCUUUGCUGGUCACGUGCAGUAUGUUCCCUAUAUUGGCACCGAUCCCCUUCGACCGGGGGUGAAGUUCGAGCGGGACAUGCAGAUUUCAACGAUGCCCAUGGAGAAUGGGAAGCCUCUCAACAUCUCGCAGAUGACUCGAUCGGCCAGCAUGGUGAAGUUCGUGAGCGGAGUGGACGAACGGGAGCGCCAGGCGCAUGACACCGCCAUGGCUGCAAACCGCGAGCUCCGUGCCGUAGCAUGCACUCUUCAUCGUGAGGAGGAUGGGCACAACCACUAUCGGAAUCAAGUAGAGCUGAACCAGCAGCGCCAAGACAGGAUCCGAAAGGUGGCUGAGGCCCUCCCCGGGAUGCGUGCUGCUGGUGUGGCCAGCAUCAACCCAAGGAUGGGCACCUGCGGUAGCCUUCCAGACCUCACCACGCUCCGCGGAAGAGCCGGCUUCGGAGACUGGAGGACAACGACGCCCUGGGCCCAUGGUGGUGACUGGGCGCCCGAGUCACGCUUCGUUGUGUGGGCCUCGGUACACCUGCAAAGAGAGGACAUGACUUUUGACGCCAUGACCUCCUCCUCGCACUCCGUGGUGUCCGGCCUCGUCAUGAUGAGCGAUAUGGAGAUGACCAUUCUCGAGGGCAGGAGCUCCAGAGGGAUACCGCAGGCUUGCUGUCACUUGCCACCAGCUUGGAGUGUCUCCUUUCCAGCAUUCGCUGAUUCCGGAGUUCCAGUAGAAUGGAGAGAUGUGAUGAUUCUGUUUGUGCCAUACGCUCCCUCCAGGGUGACGCUUUGGUCCUCGAUUUAA